GUGAAUGAAUGUGAUUCCCUUUUUUCUUUUUUUGACCUGGUUUCACUAUCGAGUUUCCAUCAUGGUAAACUGACGAUAUCAACUUGCGGAAGAGGCUUUCCUUAAUCCACCUUUCCACGUGUCUCCCUGCAUUGGACUUGACCCCGUUAUUGUAUGGCCUCAUGACUUUUGUCCUCUUUGCACUUUCCAGCCCAAUAAUUCGUUCAUAGCACUUUGAACCUAAUCAUCCACGCACGAAUCCACCGAUAAAGCCUGAAAAAUUGUAGACCCAGAAGAUGAGGACAGAAGAGUUACGAUGACAGAUACCUACCAUAGCGGUCCAGAGCUCAUUAGAAGCCAAAGAUGUUAGAUGGCGCAAUGUUGGCAUUGUACCAUAUAGAUGGUUUACUAAAUAGACUACCAGUUGGGAUGACAGUUGAGGGGACAGGUGGAAUGGCAGAUUGGACAGCAGGCGCGCUAGCCUAUGGGCUGGUAGGAACGAUGAUGGGUAGCAUCAGUUCACCCCCAAAGUGCUCGGCAGCAACAGUUUGUUGCAUAUUGCCUUUUCAUCUCUGAUUUCCUUGUCGAAUCUAGUUCUGCCCACCGCCCAAUCUUGAUCUAGAAAUCCAGACCCG